UCACAGGUGUCAAAAUGGUGGACUCUUUUGUUGUCUUUAAACCACAAUUUACGCAGUCAACUCGUAAGCUCUUGUUUGUAGUUUAAUAUGUGUUUGACACGGUUGAUUAAUCACAGGUGGCGUGUAAAACUACUGUAUAUAUCUGUUUUCCAAAUUUAACUAUAUCUUGCGGGGAUUUAAUAUUUCGCGAAAAUGGAAACGUAUAGUGUGUGUUAUUAUGACAAAUAAUUAACCAAAUUAUUAUGCUCUGCAUUUACUUAAACUUGUAAAUUAUUGUGGAUAUAGGGUAGCCCAUGUUUAUUUUUUAUAUUUGUAUGAUGAUGCGCCCAUUCGCGUUAUUCGUGUUGUUAUUUUAUCCUGGUAAUUGCCAGCUAACAGUAACUCCACCAACAGAAGUAUUAAGAAGUGAACAGGAGAGAACCUGUGUGAUUGGUUUUGUGUGUAAACAUGGAUACUGUGUAAUAUCGAAUACACUACAAUGUGUUUGUGAUCCAGGAUGGAUUGGUGUAUUUUGUGAAAAGUUAUGUCCUUUAGAUUGUGGUGAGCAUGGACAAUGUACGGUGUUCAAUGGAACUCCCAAAUGUGAAUGUGAUUGGCAAUAUAACGGAGAGAAAUGUGAUAAAAUGAUUGAAGUGUCAGUUGAGAGCACAACAGUGUGUAUGAACUGUGAUUCCACAACUUCAGAAACCACGCCAUCAAACGUUAUUGAGACAGUUCCAACUGUCGUCAAAAGAAAAGAUUGCUUUCCUGGAUUUGUGUGUCAAAACGGUUACUGUCCGAGUGGUAAAGUAGAGUGUGUCUGCGACUUGGGCUGGACGGGGCCUUUUUGUGAUACACCGUGUCUACUGGACUGCGGUCAGUUUGGACAAUGUAAGAGUUUGGGCGCCAACUCACAAAGCUGCGUUUGUGAAGAAGGUUAUACAGGCUCAAAUUGUGAACUUCAUCCGUUAUCUAAUGAUUCAACAACAGCAAUAACAACAUCAUCAGUACCAGUACGAACUCCAGAUACAACAAAAAUACCUGUGUCCACUGUAACUGCUAUACGGCAUUUAAACUACACAGAUCCACUCCAACAUCCGGUAAAGGACCGAACGUGUGUACCUGGCUUUGUGUGUGAACAUGGUAUUUGUCAUACUAAUGACAAUAAAUCAAAACUUCUAAAAUGUGUAUGUGACGAUGGAUGGAUUGGAAUACUUUGUAAUAAAAAGUGUCCUUUAGACUGUGGUGAUUUUGGAAAGUGUGGAACCAAUGAAAAUGGAAUCAGCUAUUGUUCUUGUAAUUGGACAUAUACGGGUGUUCUCUGUGAUGUAUUGAAGCCCCAGAAAUUACAAGAAGCAAAAGAUUAUAGCUGGCAGUGGUGGGUGAUUGGUAUAUGUAUAACAAUAUUUGUACUAUUAGUAUUAGUAUUGGUUAUAGUACCUUAUGUUCUAUGGAGGAAGAAAGAAUUGUUUAUAAUGAAGAUUAUCUACUUAUUUCAACCUUUUGAAGAUUCUGAUGAUAAACUUUUCGACGCCUUUAUUUCAUACAAAUCAACAAUGGUCGAUGAAAACUUUGUUCUAAAUGAACUAUUUCCACAUUUAGAAACACAAAUGAACUUUAAACUUUGUCUGCACUUCCGCGAUUUUAUACCAGGAGAAACUAUAUCAAACAACAUUAUAUGGGCUGUAGAGAACAGUAGAAGAACCAUCCUAGUACUGACACCAGAUUAUGUGGAAAGCGAAUUCUGUAUGUUUGAAUAUCAGAAAGCACAGCAUGAAAUGCUGAGGCGAAAACAGAGAAUUAUUCCAAUUAUGUUUCAAGACAUUAACGACAUAGAACACGUGGACAAAACUUUACAAUCAAUCUUAGAUUCAAUAACUUACUUGGAAUGGCCCGGUGAGGAUAGUCCGAAAAAAAUAGAAAAGUUCUGGAAGAGAUUGGAAUUCUCAAUGCCAAAAAAGAAAUCACUCGUUUCAACAUCUGAAAUAACCAGACCAAGCGACGAUGGUGUAGGAUUAAAAAGUGUUACAGACAGUAGUAAGAAUCGACCUAUGUCAACUGUAGAAGAUAAGGGUGAAUUUAUAGAACUAUCAAUAGAUGGCGUCGACGGCAUAGAUAAUUUGGCAUUAAACACUUCGUCAUGAUGAAGGCAAUUCUCAUAUCUAAAUGCUACAUGAAAAAAAUCCAUUUUACACAAUAACAAUGUCGUAUGAAGUAUUUGAAUAAUAGAAUUAUUGCGGGGUUUGGGUUUCUUUUCUUUGGGUGCGUGUGUGUUGAGAGGGGUGGGGGGAUAAUAUUCAGACAAUCACACAUCACUCUACAUGUUGGUAUAUAGUUAUCGCCAAUUUUCAUUGAUCGUCGACCUUGGCCGAUUGUCACACUUUUCAGGAAUUGUUUGUACAGUUGUGUAAAUAUGUUAUUACUCUUGACAGAUAAUAACCUUACCUGUACCCACCGUACACUAUUGACUUUAUUUACAGAUGGUUAUUAUCAAUUUUAAACCUUUAUGCUAAAGUACACCAGUCUCGUAUGUGGGUUAUUCUAUUAAUUGUUGGGUCCAGGCAAAAAGACAAAAACUAACGUUCAAAGCAAACUGAUAAAAUUUGGUGGUCUGCACCCAUACUUGACGCCAGAGUUAAUUAUCCUGAUUAAUGGGAUUUUGGUGUAACAAUGCAUGCACUUUCUUAUUAGUUGAGGUUCUGACGCAUAUUAUUUUGACAUAGCUUUAUGGCAAAGACAAUUCCUGUCGAAUACCCACUAUUUUCCUUCAUAAUUCAGAAAUCCUGGCAAAUAGUGGGUCUAACAUGGCUCCUAUUAGUUUUCACAAAAUACCCCCUCGGCGAAUUUAAGGUUGAAAUGUUAUUUCUUUUAUGAAAAAAAUCUAGCAUAUCAUAUUUUUAAAACAAUAGCAACAGAAUAAAACAAAAGGUAAUCUUUUAUUUGUUUCAAUCAAACUUUAACAACAUCCAGUUUCAUUGGACAAACACCAUUUUUAAGAGAAAUAGUCAUAAUUGUGCCAUUGCUUCCGUCGUCUUCAAUUACUUUCAAAAAUGCACCUACAACUGUAUCUAUUCUGUAAUAACAAUAAAUAUUCAAUAGAUUAAGACACACAUUCUUCUGAUAAAUAGGAAAAUCAAUGAAUACAUGAUAUAGUACGUUAUUCAUCCCAUUUAAUAAUAGGUAAGAGCGGCCUAGGGCAUUCAGUGUUCAGUUUAAAGGUCGCGGGUGAGGCGUUUAGUAAUAUAUCACUUCUAUUUCUAUUUUCCACCAUCUUGCAUAAAUAAUGUACGAUUGUCACAAUGUGGGUUCCAUUAUUUGGAAUAAUGAUACGCAAACUUCAAAGAAUGAUGUUACUACUUGUAAAGAUGGCCUGCACUUUGGGUAUCGACCAAUCAGCAUUAGACCAGCAACCUGCCCUGUCUCUUUUUUAGUCAGUAAUAUUGUUUGUUUGACAAUUAAACUCACGUCUAAUUGGCAAUUUUUGGAUUAUAAUUAAAAGAGAUAAAAUAGAUUGCGUAAUUGCAUCAUUAAUUAUUUCAUUUGAAAGAGAUGAAAAAUCUAUGUGAGUUCCUACAAAGAUUUAAAUAAGAAUACAUAGAUUGCGUACUUGCUUGCAUCAUUAUUUUUGCAUUUGAAAGAAAUGUAAAAAAAAAUCACUUGAACCUAUAUGAGUUCCUAAAUUGAUUGAAAAGAAAUAAAUAUU